UUUUCAUACUUUGCAUAACCAGAUAGAUUGUAGUUUGGCUCCCCUAGUUUGUAUCAAAAUUGAAAGUAUAAAACAUAAGAGUGGUAAAAUGUGGCACGUAAAAACAUCCCCUAAGAAGCGCCUAGUGCCACUCUCAAUGGAACUGAUAGAGGAUAUUAUCUACCAUGGGAACGAGUACCGAACACCACCAGGAAAUCCUCGGGAGGUGGAGUGUGUGGGCGACAGCAGGGAAGCCCAACGAGGAGCACCCUCCACAUUCACACAACCCAUUCCUUUGGAGAUCAGGCGACGCACUGAAGGAUUAGCCGAGGGGCCCAUUGUGGUGCCCCGUCCAAUUUCAAUGACCAUCUUGCACAAAGCGAAACCAAAAUUACAAAAGAAAACACCAAUGGUCAUGAAGCAGAACAAGGAGGUUAAGGAUUCGAUGGUAGAGCUUUGGGUCAGGGAUCCCACCGUUAAGAAACUAGCUGAAAGGGUCAGGGAUCCCACCGUUAAGAAACUAGCUGAAAGGGUAAGACUCUCCUUUGCUUCGAACUAUGGAAAACCGGUAAAGCUGACACCCAGCAUGGUUUUGACCAAGUUGGAGGCCCGCUUGGAUACCUUAGCGAAUGGUAUGAUGGCACUGCAAAAGUGGGUGCCCAUCCUAAUCAAUCAGAACAGGAAGCUAAUAAAGGGCAAGCCAGCUACUUUAAAUGCUUCCCCAUCACCUGUAUCACUCUCCAUCAAGUCGAGCUCUGAUCCGGGUCAGGUAGACACUUCCUCCGAUGAUUCUACCGCUUCAGAGCUGGAUCUGCGGGGUGAUCAGUUGAAGACGGAACGUAAUACCACCAGGGAGCUCUACUACGACAUGCAGAUGCACCUGGUCAACAUGCUGGUGGUGCCCAAGUCCCACACCUCGCUGUUCCUCAACCAGCGAAAGGAUUUGAUGAGCCAAAUGGGCGGAGGACAUGGCCAUUGGCGGCAUCAGUAUACCGAUGAGGAUUGGAAGCGGGAUCGCGAGGCGGCCGCCUUCCUCAAUGGAGACUCCUCUGGAGACUCGGCCACUCGGCGCUUGAAGAAUGUGCGUCGUCAGUGAAAGUAAAAGAUUUCUUUA